UUUUCGUCUUUUAACAUCUCCCAACUCCAUUUUAAAGAGGCCCUGGAACGCGCGUAGUCUCAGAGCCUUGUUUUGUUUUCCAGGGAUCGACUUCAGGCAAGCACAAAACAAAAGCAGUUAUGGUUGCCCCCCAAAAGGACCCGAGAGAGGAAGUCAUUCAAGCAUGGUACAUGGAUGAUAGUGAUGAGGACCAGAGACUACCCCAUCACCGCGAGCCCAAGGAAUUUGUAUCCCUGGACCAACUUUCUGAGCUUGGGGUUCUCAGCUGGCGUUUAGAUGCUGAUAACUAUGAAACCGAUGAGGAGUUGAAGAAGAUUCGUGAUGACCGUGGUUACUCCUACAUGGACUUCUGUGAGGUUUGCCCUGAAAAGCUUCCAAAUUAUGAGGAGAAGAUAAAGAACUUCUUUGAGGAACAUCUUCACACUGAUGAGGAGAUCCGCUAUGCUGUGGCAGGAAGUGGUUAUUUUGAUGUUAGGGACUGUAACGAACGCUGGAUUCGUGUAUGGCUGAAAAAGGGUGGAUUGAUUGUUUUGCCUGCUGGAAUUUAUCACCGCUUUACUUUGGACACAGACAACUACAUAAAGGCAAUGCGGCUUUUCAGUGGUGAUCCAAUUUGGACUCCAUUCAAUCGCCCUCAUGACGAUCUUCCAGCAAGGAAGGAGUACCUCAAAGCUUUUGUGGAUAAAGAAGCUGGUGAACAUGCAGUUGCAGCCUGAAAUCUGGCUUUUGCUCUA